AUAAAGAGAAAACAUAUGUUUGUUGUUUUUUUUUUCUUUACAUCUUUUGACAUUCGCAUUGAUUUUUAGUUCUUCUUGUCAAAAACAAAAAAAUACAAUUUUUUUGUUAGUAAAUUAAAUAAAUUUCUUUCGUAAAGGAUUUUCGACGUUUAACCAAGGAACCAUGUCUUUGUCUAUGAGACUAUUCACGGCUUCACGUAAUGGCCAGCGCAUGUUUGCUGCCAGUUCUCGUUUGAUGAGCAGCAAUCCUCAGGAAGCCAAAGACAUUGUCCAUGUUCCAGCAGGUUAUAAAUAUGUCAACAACAAAGAGGAAAGCAUGGAUUUGAAGGAUGUCACUGAUAGAGCGGCCUCUACCAUUUUCCUCAGUGAAUUGAUGCGUGGUUUUGGUGUUACAUUGGCUCACAUUUUCAAGGAGCCUGCCACCAUCAAUUAUCCCUUCGAAAAGGGACCUUUGUCGCCCAGAUUCCGUGGUGAACAUGCUUUGCGUCGUUAUCCCAGUGGUGAGGAACGUUGCAUUGCCUGCAAAUUAUGCGAAGCCAUUUGCCCCGCUCAGGCUAUUACAAUUGAGGCUGAGGAACGUGCUGAUGGCAGCAGAAGAACCACCCGUUAUGAUAUUGAUAUGACUAAAUGUAUCUACUGUGGUUUCUGUCAGGAAGCCUGUCCUGUUGAUGCUAUUGUGGAGGGACCCAAUUUUGAAUUCUCCACUGAAACACAUGAAGAAUUAUUGUAUAACAAGGAAAAACUCUUAAGCAAUGGUGAUAAGUGGGAAUCUGAGAUUGCCUCCAAUUUACAAGCCGAUCAUUUGUAUCGUUAAGAUUCUCGGAGAAUAGAGAAAAAAGAGCAAAUGUUUCCUUUAAGGAUGUUAAUGAUGUAGCUUAAAAUAAAUAUAAAUUUAAACUGUGUAUGAA